AUGAACGAUCUUUCCAAUUGGCAGCAUCCCUCACUUCCUUUCUCCCCUUGUGAUAAUGCAAUAAAGAACUAUGCCCUCAGGUAUGCCCAGCACUACGGGUGUCCAGAGCCCCCACCGAAGCAGAGUCCUCCUUGUGGGGGUUUUAAAGACUAUUAUUGCAAACAAUGGGGCUGUGAAACUUUAGCCAACGGCUGGGUUCCUGGAGGAGGGACUGAUAAACAUGUAACUCUAUUCCAUGAUUUCAGCAAAGGGCCAAACAAUAGGGAUUGCUUAGCUAACAAAUGUAAUCCAGUCACUAUAACCAUCCUGCAUCCAGGAGACCCUGAAUGGAUCAAAGGUCGUACUUGGGGAGUUAGGCUUUAUGUAUCUGGAGAUGAUCCAGGGACUUUCUUUACCGUCAGAAAGCUGCCUACUAAUAACAGACCCCUUUUGAAAGGACUAGGAAGCGGGUUGCCCCCUAGACCGGUUGGACCAGUUGUCAGUCCUCCAGGUGGAACCAAGCAGCCAAAAGGAGAGAGCCCUCUAAACCAGAAUAAGACAGACACUCCCUCGCCAAGCCUGGAGGAACCAGAACAUAAUUUGCCUUUCUACUCACCUAGCCCGUCAAUAGACAGACCCCACCAUAGAGAGACCGAUACUUUAGACCUGUUAGGUAAGGUGUUCCCUUUCUUCAAUAAUACUCAACCAGAUAUUACAGAAUCUUGCUGGCUAUGUCUAAGCCCAAGACCUCCCUUCUUUGUAGGGCUGGGAGCCAACACUUCUGUAAGAUGGGCACUAGCUCCCACCUUAGUUUCCCUAACCAAUACCCUAAAUCCAAAUCAGUUGAAUUGCUCAUUUGAUAACUCCCUCACCCUGGCAGAGUUCCAUGGCAGAGGGACCUGCUACCUCCUAGGAAACUCUACCUCAGAUAAGUCUGACUAUGAAGAUUAUUGCCUAAACCGAGAAACUCUGCUUCAUAACCCAAAAAGCCCAACAGUAACUAAGGCUCCAGAGGGUAUAUGGUUUGUUUGUACUCAAGGCAUUUGUAAGUGUAUAUACCCUGCUCAGCCUAAACUGUGUGUAAGCGCUUACAUUAUUCCUCAAGUAUAUCUAUAUGGAGGAAAUCCUGAAUUCUUAGUGACUCCCCCGAGACUAGCCAAGCAGGUCCCACUCCUAAUCCCCAUUGUAGCUACUAUAGGAGUAAUAGGUUCAGCAGCUGUGGGAACAGCAGCAUUCGUGCAAGGAGAAACUAACUUAAGACAGCUAUCCCAAACCUUUACGAAAGAUAUCUCCCUUCUUCAAGAUCAAGUAAUAUAUUUAGGAUGCCAGGUAGACUCCCUGGCUGAAGUAACCCUUCCGAACAGGAGGGGACUAGAUCUCCUAUUCCUUCGACAAGACGGUUUAUGUGCCGCACUAGGGGAGGAAUGCUGUUUCUAUGCUAAUCAUUCAGGGGUGGUAAGAGAAAACAUUAAGGAACUCACCAAAAGAUUAAAAGAUAGAGAAAAAGAAGAAAAUCCUGGCUGGUAUGCUUCCAUGUUCAAAACGUCAACCUGGUUAACCACCCUUAUAUCUACUAUUGCUGGACCCCUCUUAUUACUCCUGCUAGCAAUCACUUUAGGGCCUAUCAUCCUGAAUAAAAUUCUUGCCUACAUCAAACAAAGAGUAGAAGUAGUCAAACUAAUGGUGCUUUCCCAGCCUUAUACCAUCCUCCCAGGUGGUGAAGAGUCAAUGGUUUGA